GAAUGAUAAUGAAUAAAUUUGGCUUUAAUUUUGAAAUAUUUGCAGUAUACAAAAUUACUUUGGAAGCGGAACUUAAACUAAAAAUGAAAAAGUAAGAGAGAAGAGAGGUUGAUCAGCUCAAUUUAAGCAAUAAUAAAUAACACCGACUCAAAGGGUAGGUAUACCAAUUGUCCAACGUCAGCUUAGAAUUUCCUUGCUUGACCACAACAAUGAGCAACUGCCAGAAAUGGUUAGUGAAAGGCUCAACAACAGCAAUGCCACUAAUGUUAAAACACAGCAGCAGCAGGCGCUGUAAGCCAUUAACGUCAACAGAGAAAAAGUAUAAAAAGUGUAUGCCGCCCAGCAUCAGUUGAGUUUAACAUCUACAUGAGAGUGUAUAAUGUGCUUUCUUCCUCGUUGCUGCUCUCUCACGCGAAGCAAGGCAUUUAGUGCUUUUUGGGGCUUGGCAGCCUAAAAGCGGGACAAAUUCGGCUCAAAGGUUGUACAUAUAAAGCAAAUGAUUUAUGUACAUUGCUUAGGAUGAGCAUGUAACUCAUAACGACGCGUAUAUAUAAAUUUAAAUAUUAGUUAAAACUUAAAUUAUCACUUAAAGUGAAUAUAAUUACGGGUAAAAAGGAAUUAAUAGUAAUUUAAAUUAAUUAAAUCGCAAAUUUGUUUAACAAAAUGCGAAAACUAUGGUAAUUACAACAAAAAAAGGCCUAAUUUAAUCUACAAUCUGCCGCUUUGCAAUAUUAUACAAAAAUAUCCUCCUUUAAACAGAGCAUUUAUAGUUCUAAAAAAAAACAAGCAAAGACACAAACACUACUAUAUAAAAAAAAUCUUAAUAUAUAUUUAGUAUUCAGUCAAAAUUAAAAAUCAUUACUCAAAGCGCAUACAUAUAGAUUCAACAAAAUGCCCGCAGGUCGAGUAGCCGGUAAAGCUGGCUAUUCCAAUCAUUACUACAAUGGACGCUCGUACGUUGGCAUCAACGAGGAGAUUAUGUGGGUUAGCAUAGGCAUGGGCGUAACCAUUGCUAUACUCAUAACGAUUGCAUUGUGUUAUAUUGCACGUGAAAAAUGUCAAAAGCGUCAACGUGAAUAUUAUGUAACCGCGUAGUUUAUUUGUGAUGCCUUCAACACCUCACUUUCGCAACAUUUACAUUCGUUGGCUUAAAUAUCGUCAAUUGCGUAACCACGAUGAAAGUAAAUAUAUGUUCAAAAAAAAAAAUAAAAUAAAAAUAAAAAAUAAAAAUAAAAAAUAAAUGAAAUGAUAAAUUCAAAUUCAAAUUCAACGACAUAUGUUGUACGCAGAGCGGAAGUAGAAAUGUUAAAGCACGGCAGCGCGCUGAAAGGGUGGCGAGAAGCAAUAUUGCAACGAGUGAAGAAGAAAUGCAACGCACAAGGAAUACACACAUUUCCGUACAGUGAGAAAGAAAUUAUAUAAUAUAUACGAGUAUAUACAUACGAAAAUAAAUACAUUGUUCGCGUACAUACAUACAUAUGUAGGUAAUCAAAUUUGUAAUGUAUGUAUGUACAUAUGCGUAGUAGUAUUUACUACAUAGAUGUCUUAAAAAUGUAUUGUUGUGUAUUAGAAUUAAAUAUAUAUAAAUAUAAUAUAUUAUAUUACAAAUACAUGCAUAUGUACAUAUGUAUAUUAUGGCGUAAUUUAGGUCCUUUAUUAUACACAAUUGACCACCCAAAAGUCCUCUACAAGCCUUUUUUUUAUGGAAGUUACCUUAUGUAUGAAAAUUUAAGGUACAUAUUUUGCUCAAUAUACAUACAUACAUAU